CCCAUCCGGUGUGCACCGCCUCACAAAUCGAACCCAACAACAGUUCCGGGUGCCUUUGAUCUUCCUCACUUUGCAACAUUGUAACUUUGUGCAACAUUGUAACUUUGCAACAUUGUAACUUUGCAACAUUGUAACUUUGCAACAUUGUGUCUCCUGUGGCUGUGAGGAGCAGAGGAGCCUGGAGAGGAGACAGUGUGUUUCUCAAGCUCUGAAGGAGGAAGCAGAAGUAGGAGUAGAAGUGGGAGGAGUAACAUGAUGGAGGAGGUGGAGCCGAGAGGAGGCGACACAGAGGAGGAGACUCCUCCGAAGGACGCAAACAGUAACUGCAACCACACCGACAGCGGUGUCACUUCCUGUCCAGCGGAGGCCAUGACGGAGGUUGCCACGGAAACGGGGCAGAGCAAAGACCUUCCAGCGAUGCCACAGAAACCUGGAUCCAUAGUAGUUCAAGGGAACACCAAGAACCCGGCCAGCGAGAAGCUGGAGAGGGUCCGCAUGUGGAGCAUCACCACCUACAAGUGCACCCGCCAGGCUCUGUCGGAGAAGCUGGGCCGGGGGUCCCGUACGGUGGACCUGGACCUGGAGCCCCGCCUGGAGCUGCUCAAGGACGACCGGCAGCGCUACGACGGCGUGACCAAGCUGGCCCAGACGCUGGCCAAUCAGCUCGCUCAGUUCUCCGUUACCCAGAAGACACUGGGGGACGCCUUCUCCGAGCUCAGCCUCAAGACGCCAACGCUGCAUGUGGAGUUCGGCGUGAACGCUGACGCUCAGAAGUUUCUCUCAAAGAGCGGCAAGACUCUGACGGCGUCCAUCAACACCUUCACCUCCGAGAUGAACACUUUGGUCAACAAAACCAUCGAGGACACCAUGAUCAACGCCAAGCAGUACGAGGCCGCCAGGAUCCAGUACGACGCGUACCGAGUGGACCUGGAGGAGCUGAACCUCGGACCCCGGGACGCCAUCACUCUGCCCAAACUGGAGCUGGCCCAGAAAGACUUCCAGAGCCAGAGGGAGAAGUACCAGAGGACCAGAGACGACCUGUCCAUCAAAGUCAAGCUGCUGGAGGAGAACAAGGUCAAAGUCCUUCAUAACCAGUUGUGGCUGCUCCACAGCGCCGUCGCCGCUCACUGUUUAUCGUGCAAAAGCUUCCUGGAUCAAAACAUCCUGAAGGCCGAUGAACACCUCAACAACCCCAGCGUGGACGCCCCCUCCUGGCUGGAGGAGAGUUGACACCACAUGACCACGUAACAGCUGGACGGAUGUUUCUGGGGUUAACGGACUAGAAAUGCUCGGGCGGAAGUGAAUAUUUGGGAUAGGUAGUUAGUUUAUUUAUACGAGAGCGUAAAUAGAGUUUGAGGUGAAUUUUCAACAACUCUGCUCUGGAAAACUGAGUGAGUUCGAUGGUUUAGAGGGAAGUUAAUUAUUUUGGAAGUUUGAUUGUCUCCUGCAAGGGCUUAUAAAAGGUGGAAUUUCAACACAUUCCAGGUCUUAUUUAGAACUCCUUGUGACAUUAAUUAUCUCUCUUUCUCUUCACUAUGCAUACAUCCACAGAUGUAUAGUUCCUGUGACUUCUGACCUGUUUAGCAGAGACAAACACAUAUACACCCCUCAUGGAUUUCUUGCCUCUGUCUCACUGUGUUGGGGAGUAAAUCCAUAAUCCUCUGUGAGGCACUAAGCCUUUCUUUGAACUUUGAAAAAUCCUCAGCCACUGCCGUCAGAAACUCACAGCGAAUGAAAGUGCCUCAACAGCACUGCUCGAAAACAGCUUCUAUUUUUCUCAGAGGUUGCUACGAUGCACAAUUCCUUUAACGUCCUAUAGGGAGUUCUGUUUUGGAUCUGGGUCCUUAACUACAACUAAAUACCUGGACUCUUUCCUGUGCGGUUAAAAGGACCAACUUUGCCAUUGGCAGAUCAUAUUUAGCGGUAGAUAAUUAAAGUUAAUGCCAGAAGUUAUUUGCUAAAAGGGUGAAAUUAAACUUGACUGUUUUCUAGUUAAUGUGUUGUCUGCAAGCCAGUGUUUGUUCUUGGAUUCAGAUUUGAUGAAAUGUUGUUCAACCUCAACUUCUCCUUGAUUGAUGGCCGGUUAUCAACUAUUACAGCAGCACUUCUCUGGUUGUUUGCUGGUCAUUUCGUCCUCUGGUUUACAUGGCAAGAAACUCAACAGCCUCUUGAGACCAAUACAUUUGUGACAAUCCAAAAAUAAUGUUGCAGUAUGCUGAUGAUGAUGCCUUGUUCGUUGGUGAGAAAAUGUUGGUUGUCGCCAAUCGUUCAUGCAGUGUUUCAUUUGUAACCAAACUUUUAGUGUUCAAGAUUUGAAUUUUUGAUUGAUGGCCAUCCAUCGACUUAAUUUUCCAGCCACAGAUUUACUUUCAGCAGGACUAGUCUGGUUGUUGCUGGUAAUUUCUUACAUGAAAAGAUGCUAAACAGCGUAUAGAGAUAAAUAAUGUGCGACUAGCCGAAAUAAUGUUGCAGUAUGCCGAUGAUGUUGCCUUGUCUGUAGCCAAUUUUUCAGGCAACAUUUCAACAAAAGCCAAAGUUUAAGUGUUUAUUCUCUUUCCAAUCUAACAAUGUGAGUGUAUAAGCCACUUAUUAAGUUUAAACCACAACUUCCGAUACAUUUUUGAGCCACUCAACUAAAAUUGCGUCCAUCACACACGGUGGUUGGUACUUCUUAAAGUACUCCAGUUACACUCCAGUUUAUAGACAGCUAAAAUUACUUUUUAAGUAUUUAAUCAGACAGCUUCACAUUAAUAAACCAGUUAAGUGGCCAGUUUCGUUAGUUCAUUUUCUACAAGUCAAGUAGUCGACCAUUGUCAUCCAUUAGUUUCUUGUUUAUUGGUGAAGAAAGGCUACUGACAUCAUUCAUCAGCAGCCAAAUUAUUGGCCGUCCUUCAAGAUUAAAACCAAUUUAUAUUACUUUUUCUGACUGUUAGACCUGAAUUACUACGUUGUUAAAAGCCUAAGAUAUUUAUAUUCAGUUUAGUUGAAAAGACUGAAUAAAUGUGCUGCCUUUUUAUGUUGUUUUUUUUCCUUCUGAUUGAGAAACAUUCCAGGCUCUGCUGUUCAUCCUGAUGAUCGUUUGAUGGACAAAAUAACAGAAACACCUUAAAUUUGUGAUGAAUUUCAAGGCAGUGUUGAAUUAAAUAGCAUCCUAAUGUAAAACGUUGCUGUUAUUUUGUCCACCUGCUAAAUGUCUGGCACUCUUUGCACUCUUUUCGAAGCAUAAUCUGCCUUAAAUGUGUCCAGUGAAUUGACUCUUUUCAGACUGUUUUGUUUAAAUGUAUGAAUGUUUUUUUGUUUGUGUCACGACAACAACUAUGCAAUGACUGUUGCUGCUUUUUGUGCAAUAAUGUCUCAAAAACCUUGCCUUAAAAAAAAAGAUAUAUAUGUUCACUGCUAAUGACUUUGAAUCCUCGUCCUCUGAACAAACUGAAACCUCCAACCUGAGUCGAAUAACGUCCUAAGGGGAAAUUCCACUGUUGUUGCUUUGAUUCGGUGUCGGUUCUCCCCUGUUCUUCCCUCCAACAGACUGAUCGCAUGCUCGUAACAAACAUUUCAAGAAAUCCUCUCAGAAGAACUCUGCUGACCCUGAAUCAGUUGUUAUGUUAACACAGACCAAAAAUAAGGGGUUAAAGGGGAAUUUUCUUUUUUUCUUUUAAGUAUAAAUGACCAAAAACAAGGACCAAAAUGUACUUAAAUUGUUUUAAAUGUUUGUAUGUAACUUCCAAAUAAAUAUAU